AUGAGGGCUGGCUCCUUCAUAUGCCGGUUCUUCGUCCGUCCGGGCUUUCGAACAUGUCCCAACCUCAGCGUUACACUCCUUAGCCGUCGAUUCGUCUCCCAGGGUGCCCGCCGAUAUCGACCGAUACAAUGGCCGGCCGGUAGGACGAGGACAAUAGCCUUGCGGGCGUCUGGUGGCGCAGCGGCGCUGGGAACGGCGGCAUUUGUUCAACUGUCGCAACAAGAAAAUGGGAGCGGGGACGAUACAGGAGAGAAGCGCAUGCUCGAGGUAUCGCGGGCUGAGAUUAAAAAGAGCGUGCCUGCCGAGUCUCGAGGUGCCUCGCACUUGGUGAAGCGCAUCACAUAUCUGCUGGACUUGUUGAUAGUCGAGCCCGUCUGUACCGGCAUUCGCUUCCUCCAACUUGUCGUCAUCUUUGUCCCUGUCAUCAUCACAGUCCCGGCCAUCUGGUUUGGAAGACGACAACGAGAUCGAGAUAAUGAACGCAGCGGCACGCUCUGGUGGUAUGGGUUCUUGGUCAAUGCCAUGGAGCUGGCUGGUCCGGCCUUCAUCAAGCUUGGGCAGUGGGCAGCCUCACGAACAGACAUCUUCCCCACAGAGAUGUGCGAGAUCAUGUCCAAGCUUCACUCCAACGCCCCGGCUCACUCGAUGCACGCCACCCGUAAGACGGUCGAGGCUGCGUUUGGGGGCCGUGCCUUUGAGGACAUCUUUGACGAGUUUCACGAGAAGCCUCUUGGCGUUGGAGCCAUUGCACAGGUCUACAAGGCCAAGUUGAAGCCCGACUUGGCUCGCCCGGAUGAGAUUGAUGCUCAGGAUGAUCCCUUGCACCCGUUGGCGCACAACGUGUUGCGCAAUGUGGACACUGUACUCAAGAGCUCGCCGCAAAGAGUACCUUCAUCUUAUGUUGCUGUCAAGGUCUUGCAUCCGAAUGUUGAGAGGACAGUUCGACGAGAUCUCCGCAUCAUGCACUUCUUUGCUUCUGCACUUAACAUUAUUCCGACCAUUGAAUGGCUCUCGCUACCAGACGAGGUUGCUCAGUUUGGAGAAAUGAUGAAACUCCAGCUUGACCUACGCAUAGAGGCAGCAAACCUGACCACGUUCCGCAAGAACUUCAAGGAACGGUCUACGGCUUCGUUCCCCUAUCCAUACACAGACUUUACAACACGCAAUGUCUUGAUCGAAGAGUUUGCUCAGGGCAUUCCGCUGGCGGACUUUAUGGAGAAUGGCGGUGGCGUCUUUCAACAUGAUAUUGCCGACGAAGGUCUCGACGCUUUCCUUCGCAUGCUGCUCCUCGACAACUUUGUUCACGCUGAUUUGCAUCCUGGCAACAUCAUGGUCCGCUUCUACCAAUCCGCUCACCCGGACUUGCGCCUGCGGAAAACCAUGACCAAGGCGCACCCUGAUGAGCAGGAAGAUGUUACCGAGCAAGUGCUCGAGCGUCUUCGACCAUAUAGACACCGAAAGGACCCAGCGGCAUGGGAAGCAGAGUUGGCCAAGAUUGACGCCGAGGGAUUCCGACCUCAACUCAUCUUUAUCGACACGGGACUAGUGACUGAGCUCAACUCGGUGAACCGCACCAACUUCCUUGACCUCUUCCGCGCUGUGGCAGAGUUUGACGGCUACAAGGCCGGCCACCUUAUGUGCGAGCGCUGCCGGCAGCCUGACGCUGUUCUCGACGAAGAAGUGUUUGCCCUCAAGAUGCAGCACCUCGUCCUCGGCGUCAAGAGCCGCACCCUGGCCCUCGGCAACGUCAAGAUCGGCGACAUUCUGCAGCAGGUGCUUAGCAUGGUCCGGAACCAUCACGUCCGUCUCGAGGGCGACUUUGUCAAUGUUGUCAUCAGCAUCUUGUUGCUCGAAGGCAUUGGACGUAGCCUAAACCCCGACGUUGACCUACUCAGCAGUUCACUACCCAUUCUGCGCCAGCUCAGUGCCCAGAGUGGUACAGAGAUGGUCAAGCAUGGUGACUUCUCCAUGCUGAUGGUGUGGGUGGGCCUUGAGGCGAGGAGGUUUAUGCAGGCCAGCAUUGAAGAUGUUGAGCGAUGUGUCAAGUACGAUCAACUCUCACCCAACGUAUAA